UCCACUCCCACUCCUCCACCUAACCCCUCUGUUCCAUCGCGUCGCACGGCAGCACGAUAAAACACCCACGCUCUUUUGCUGUCUCUCCGUGCAUCUCUGCCAGAACAAACACAAAGCUGCUGCUUCAGUUCAUCCUCCAAUCAAAAGGUGUCUCUGCUGACCACUGCCUCUGCAAAGAACAAUGGGAUCGGAGCACGAGAAGACCGUGGACGUGGAUGGCAUCCCCUUCCCGCAGGAGAUCAUCGCCGGCACCAAGACGCUCUCGCUCGUCGGCCAUGGCGUCACGGACAUUGAGAUCCAUUUCCUUCAGAUCAAGUUCAACGCCAUCGGGGUCUACCUCGACACGGCCGGCGUCAUGGAGCAUCUGCAAGGCUGGAAGGGGAAGAACCAGCUGCUCGAAGACGAGGCUUUCUUCAGCGCCCUCGUCUCCGCUCCGGUGGAGAAGGUGCUGAGGCUGGUGGUGAUCAAGGAGAUCAAGGGCUCGCAGUACGGCGUGCAGCUGGAGAGCUCCGUCAGGGACCGGCUCGUGGCGACCGACAGCUACGACGACGACGAGGAGGAGGCGCUCGAGAAGGUCGCCGACUUCUUCCAGUCCAAGUACUUCAGGCCAGGAUCCGUAGUCACCUUCCACUUCCCGGCCACCCCCACGGGCGCCGCGGCCGAGAUAUCGUUCGCGACGGAGGGCAAGGAGGAGACCAAGGUGGCCGUGGAGAAUGCCGGCGUUGCGGAGAUGAUCCAGAGGUGGUACCUCGGCGGCGAGUCGGCGGUGUCGCAGAGCACCGUCAAGAGCCUCGCCGAGCAUUUCGCCGCGGUCCUCUCCUCUCCAUGAUUCGUUCCAAGUCGUCAUUGCUUGUGUAAUAAAAAUACACGUACAGUUCAAAAAAAAAAAAUACACGUACAGUACAGUACUAUUCUUCAGAUAUGUGAAACGCAAGAAUGCUACUCUAUUAUUUUUUAACUAUAUAUGAAUUUAUUUACUCCA